UAGCAUUGUUUUGCGCUACCUACAAUAAAAAGUGAUAUCUUCUCAUUCCAAGAUGUAAACAUGACAAAAAUGGUCAAGGCCAAAGAGAUCAAAUAAUUGAUAUAUUGUAAUCGAUCGGAUAUGAUUAGUACCCAAGAAUGCUAUUAGAGAUAUAAUGGGACAAUAGAAAAUGCCUCUGUCACCAAGGAAACGUCAGUCAUCGAGGGAAGUUCCUCAUUCUGGAACCAAUGCUGCAACAGCUCUGAUUGCAAAGAACCAUUCUUUCAAACUUCUUAGAGGUUUGCAGGAGUUUCACAAACAGGAGACGUUCUGUGACUAUGUGUUGGUUGCUGAAGGUCAAGAGUUUAAAGUUCACCGUGUUGUCAUGGCAUCAUGCAGUGACUAUUUCAAGGUCAUGCUCACUGGUGAGAUGAGGGAGAGCAGGGAGGGUAAGGUGGACCUGAAGGGUGUGUCAGCUAAUGGACUCAAGGUCGUCGUUGAUUUCGCAUAUACAGGUAUAAUGGGUCUAACAGUUGACAAUGUUGAAGAGGUCCUCUCAGCAGCUACUCAUUUACAAGUGACCGAUGCUGUUGAACUCUGUAGCAGAUAUAUAGAAUCCUCUAUAACAAUAGAAAACUGUGUUGACAUCCUGAACCUGUCAGAACUAUAUUCAUUAACAUCAACGCAUCGAGUUUCACAAGAUUUCAUGUUAGAAAAUUUUGAACUUGUUGCAAAAUCGGGACAGUAUCAUAAGUUGACACAUAAACAACUUUCGUUACUGCUAGCAGAGAAUGGACUUCAAGUUGCAUCAGAGUUUCAUUUGUUUGAACUAGUUCUUAGAUGGAUGAAGAUGAAAAAAGAGCGGGAGCAGUAUGUGGCAGAACUGAUGAAAAAUGUCCGUCUGCCGCUGCUUUCAGGAGAGGAAUUGGUUGAGAAAGUAAGUACCGUUCCUCUCAUGAGGGACAAUAAAGAAUGUCACGACUUACUGACUGAAGCGAAGGACUAUCAUAUAGUGGUCAGCAAACAGCCAUUGCUUCAGACUCGGCGGACACAGGUUCGAGCAGAUGUUAAAUGUUUAGUGAUGUGUCACAAAGAGAAUCUCGAGUACUAUAACUUUGCAAAUAAGCAACACGGAUUUCUUCGUGAUGCCACCAUACAGUUGAAUCAUCCAGCUGUAGUGGUAGUUGACAAUUUCAUGUAUGCUUGUGGAGGAAAAUAUGACUUUAAUGAAAAUAAUGAAAUUGCAACUGCGCGAUGUUUCAGAUAUGAUCCCAGAUUUGACACUUGGUAUGAGCUGACGUCAAUGAAUGAAGCAAGGAAAGACUUUGUACUGCUAGCUCAUGAUGGAAAAUUGUACGCAGUGGCAGGGCAAGAUGAAAACUUGGUUAUGUGUACCAUUGAAGUGUUCGAUAUAGCAACUAAUGAAUGGGAAGUGAAAUCAUCAAUGAAUCAUUCAGUUUAUGGUCAUGCAGGAGCAGUGUGCAAUGGAAAAUUGUAUGUGUCUGGCGGUCAGAAAUUUGACGGCUGUUGUAACGACCUAGAGAGGUAUGACCCAGUUACUGAUAUCUGGGAGAGAAGAACACCCAUGACACAUGCGAGAUUAAAUCACAACAUGGUCACAAUAAACAGUAGGAUCUACACAAUGUGUGGCAAUAUUGAAGACAGUUAUGGUUUUCCCGUCCCAGUUAUUGCAAUAGAAUACUACAUGACGGACAAGGAUCAGUGGACUCUGUGUCAGAAAACCUUAAACAUACGUGAGGCGGGAGCUUGUGUUUUAGAUGACAAGAUCUUCAUUGUUGGGGGUAUUAAUGGAGAGCACUAUUUUUCUGAUUUGGUUCAGUCUUAUACUCCAGCUAAAGACGAGCUUGACAUUGUUGAGAAGUUUGCAACUAGGCUGCAUGGCCGUGCAUGUUGUGUUUUAACGCUACCGCAAUAUCUUUAAUUUCAAAAUUAUAAAAACUUCAACAAAAUAGCAUCUGCAAACUGAUAAAAAAGAUGUUUCAAGAAAUAAUUUUGUGAACUAAAAGAUAAGAAAGAGAUUUCUCUGAUGUUUUAUUUGCUGAUUAUUUAUUAGUCUUUUUAUAAUUCUUUUGAUAUUGCGAGGGAAAUUUUUUACAAGGUUUCAUUUACGUAGCCGUUACAUAUGCAAUAAACCUUGAUUUUAAAGUUUCUAUAUUAGAAAUUGAUGAAUUAAUAAGGG